CUUGUAUAAUAUCUUUCUUCCUUCUUUACCGAAUCCCUCAAAACCCUUCUCUUUGCACCACCACUUUUUCCGAUUGAAGACAUUGUGAAGAUAAGGGCUUAAAAUUAAGCUGAUCUGAAUUUACAAAGACAUCAAUGGACUCUGACAUAAGUGAAUCUGAAAUGGAGGAAUAUCAAGUUAAAACUUACGAAGAACUGAAUAAUGGGAUUAAGCGUGUUAGAACAUCAAAUGAUGCAUUCACUUGUCCAUAUUGUCCGAAGAAAAGGAAAGGAGAUUACCAGUACAAGGAACUCUUACAGCACGCCAGUGGGAUUGGCAAUGGAAAUUCAGCGAAAAGAACAGUGAGGGAUAAGGCUAAUCACCAGGGUUUGACAAAAUAUUUGGAGGCUAACAUGGGGGCAGAUGCAGGAGGCUCUUCAGAGCCUGUAGCUAAAACCAAAGAUGAUACUCUUGCAGCGAUUGGAAAUGGAAAUUCAGGGGAAAUAACAGCAAGGGAUAAUGAAAAUCACCAGGGAUUGACAAAAGAUUUGGAGGCUAACAUGUGGGUAGAUGCAGGAGGCUCUUCAGAGCCUGUAGCUAAAACCGAAGAUGAUACUCUUGCCGACUGUGACCGUGAAGAGAUGUUUGUUUGGCCAUGGAUUGGUAUUGUGGUUAACAUUCCCACUGAAAGGAAGGAUGGUCGUUAUGUUGGGCAAAGUGGGUCAAAGCUAAGGGACCAGUUCAUUAAGAGAGGAUUUAAUCCUACAAGAGUCCAUCCACUCUGGAAUUUCCGUGGUCACUCAGGAACUGCUGUCGUGGAGUUUAACAAAGAUUGGUCUGGUUUCAGCAAUGCAAUGUCAUUUGAAAAGGCUUAUGAGGCAGAUCACCACGGGAAAAGGGACUGGAAGUUAUUUAUGAACAACGGACCAUCUGAUCUCUAUGGUUGGGUUGCUCGAGCUGAUGACUACAAUUCUAACGGAAUUAUCGGGGAGCACCUUAAAAAAAUUGGAGAUCUUAGAACUAUUUCAGAUUUAAUGGAUGAGGAACACCGCAAAACUAAUAAACUUGUAUCGAAUUUGACGAACAUUAUUGAGGUCAAGAAUAGGCACUUGGAAGAAAUAAAAGGCAAAUUCAGCGAGACUGCAGAAACAAUGGAAAAAUUAAUGACAGAGAAGGACAAAUUGCAUCAUUCCUACAAUGAAGAGAUUAAAAAAAUACAGAUGAGUGCAAGAGAUCAUUUCCUGAGGAUUUUCAAUGACCAUGAGAAACUCAAAUCACAAGUAGAAUCUCAUAAACAUGAGCUGGAUGAACGGGGAAAACAACUGGAGAUGCGUGAGGCCAAAAAUGAAACUGAAAGGAAGAAACUUUCUGAAGAUAUUGAAAAGAAUGCUUUGAGAAAUAGUUCUCUUCAAUUGGCAUCCAUUGAGCAAAUAAAAGCUGAUGAAAAUGUACUGAAACUUGCUGAAGAACAGAAGAGGAAAAAAGAGGAUCUUCACAAAAGAAUAAUUCUAUUGGAGAAACAACUGGAUGCAAAACAAGCCCUAGAGCUUGAAAUUGAACAAAUGAAAGGAUCAUUGAAUGUCAUGAAGCAUAUGGGGGAUGAUGACUUGGAAGUCCUACAAAAGGUUGACGGAAUGCAUUCAAUGUUGAGAGAAAAAGAAUCGGAGCUUGAAAGUUUAGAGUCCCUUAAUCAACAUUUAAUAGUGAAGGAGCGGAAAAGCAACGAUGAGCUGCAGGAUGCACGCAAAGAACUCAUAAAUGGGUUGAGAGAUGUGUCGAAAGGGGGUAAGAUUGGAGUAAAAAGAAUGGGAGAACUGGAUAACAAGCCUUUCCACGAGGCAAUGCUUAAGAGAUACAAAGACGAAGAAGCAGCAGAUGAUAGAGCUACAGAACUGUGUUCACUAUGGGAGGAGUAUUUGCGAGAUCCCGAAUGGCAUCCUUUUAAAGUGGUGAUUGUGAACGACAAACCACAGGAAAUGAUAAACGAGGAAGAUGAGAAGCUGAAAGGAGUAAGGGAGGAGCUUGGGGAAGAUGUUUACUUGGCGGUUAAAGCAGCUUUGGCCGAAAUCAAUGAUUAUAACCCGAGUGGAAGAUACAUAGUCUCAGAGCUGUGGAAUUAUGAUGAAGGAAGGAAAGCAACACUGAAAGAGGGUAGUAGAUUUUUGCUUGACAAAUACAAAGCAGCACAGCUCAAGAGAGGAAUAGGAGGAAGGUUCUAAUUCUAAGGUAAGUAAUAUUAUUAUUAUGAAUUGUAUCUCUUUUUGCUAGUUGUUUAAGAUGAAGUUGAAGUGUGUUGUUUUAUGUAUGAAAGUUGUGGGAUUCUUGUGACAAUAAUAAUUUCCUUCCAUGUUGGACUUUGUUUAAUUACUUUUUAUUUUUAU